ACUUUGAAGCCUAUUGUGUCAUGAUAUCGAGAGCCUGGCCGAAUCGCUCUAGUCCAAAUCAGCUUGUGAACAAUUAUCACUGUACAUCUGCGUUGUUAACUACCUUCAUAGUCAAGCUCCUGCUGUGGCGUAACGCUGCCUGCCGGAAUUCACAUGGUGGAGUAAUUAGCGUCCCCCGACAUGGGUUCCUUGUCGCAGUAGCAAGUCGCGUCCAGAAUUUCGACGACGCUUCACUCCUCAACAGCGAUGGGAGGAACCCUUACCGCAGUCAACGACCGGCUUGUCUUCUCAGGUUCAAUCGGAAUUGAUCCCACCAUCUCAACGGAGACUUUAUCAGCGCCGAUCGGCUGAGAAAAUCGACGAUUGAUUAUUGAGGAGCACAAACCGUCAUCCAAGAUGGAAGCCUCUCGCGGCCCGCCGCGAGUCAAAAACAAGGCCGCGGCGCCGGUGCAAAUCUCGGCCGAGCAGCUACUGCGCGAGGCCACCGACCGCCAGGAGGAAGCACUACAAAAGCCGACGCAACGCUUUGAGGAUCUUGAGGAGCUGCACGAGUACCAGGGCCGCAAGCGCAAAGAGUUCGAGUCGUACUGCCAGCGGUCCGGCUUCAACCUCAAGAACUGGCUGCAGUACGCGCAGUGGGAGCUCGAGCAGAAGGAGUAUGCCCGAUCGCGCAGUGUCUUUGAGCGCGCCCUCAACCUGCACGCCAACAAGGUCACCCUAUGGAUUCGAUACGUCGAGGCCGAGCUCAAGAGCCGAAACAUCAACUUCGCCCGUAAUCUGCUCGACCGCGCUGUCACCCACCUCCCCCGCGUGGACAAGCUGUGGUACAAAUAUGUCUGGGUCGAAGAGAUGCUGGGCAACAUCCCCGGCGUGCGCCAGGUAUUUGAGCGCUGGAUGGAGUGGCAGCCCGACGAGGCCGCCUGGUCCGCCUUUAUCAAGUUGGAGCAGAGGUACGGGGAGUACGACCGCGCGCGCGAGAUUUUCACCCGUUUUACUAUGGUGCAUCCAGAGCCGAGGAAUUGGAUCAAGUGGUCCAAGUUUGAGGAGGAAUAUGGCACUAGCGACCGUGUGCGUGAGGUGUUUGAGCGUGCGAUCGAAGAGCUUAGCAAAUACGGCGAUGAAUUCGUCGAGGAACGGCUAUUCAUCGCGUAUGCGCGGUACGAGGCCAAGCUGCACGAUCUGGAUCGGGCCCGUGCCAUCUACAAAUUUGGCUUGGAGAAUCUCCCGCGCUCAAAGGCCAUGCUGCUGCACAAGGAGUAUACCACAUUUGAGAAGCAGUACGGCGACAGGGAAGGAGUUGAGGAUGUUGUCUUGUCCAAACGAAGGAGGCACUACGAGGAUCUUGUCCGGGAGAACCCCAAGAACUAUGAUGUGUGGUUUGACUAUGCUCGUUUGGAGGAGGCGUCUGGAGACAUCGACAGAACACGGGAGGUGUACGAAAAGGCCAUCGCGCAGGUGCCACCAACACAAGCAAAGAGGCACUGGAGGCGAUACAUCUACCUCUGGAUCUUCUUUGCUCUGUGGGAGGAAACGGAAGCCAAGAACCCAGAACGUGCACGCCAGGUCUACGACACGUGCCUGAAGCUCAUCCCACACCGCACUUUUACCUUUGCCAAGGUCUGGAUGCACAAGGCACACUUUGAAAUUCGGCAAGGGGACCUAGCAGCGGCGAGGAAAACUCUUGGGCGCGCCAUUGGCAUGUGUCCCAAAGACCGACUGUUCAAGGGCUACAUCGAGAUGGAACAAAAGCUGUACGAGUUUGGACGGUGCAGGAUAUUGUACGAGAAGCACAUCGCAUACAACCCGGCGAACUGCAGCACAUGGGUCAAGUGGGCAGAGCUGGAGCGUGGCCUCGACGACCUGGACCGCGCCCGCGCCAUCCUGGACAUGGGCAUCGCGCAGCCGGUGCUCGACAUGCCAGAGGUAGUGUGGAAGUCGUACAUCGACUUUGAGGAGGAAGAAGGCGAGUACGACAAGACGCGGUCGCUGUACGAGCGCCUGCUUGACAAGGCCGACCACCCCAAGGUCUGGAUCAGCUACGCCCAGUUUGAGAUCAACAUACCCGAGGAGGCGGGCGAGGGCGCAGACGAGGAGCAGGAGCAGCCCGUCAGCGACGAGGCCAAGGCCCGCGCCAGGCGCGUCUUUGAGCGCGCUCACCAGGGCUUCAAGGACAAGGAGAUGAAGGCCGAGCGCGUCAGCAUACUCAACGCUUGGCUCGUAUUUGAGAAGACGCACGGCAGCGCAGAGGACAUUGAAAAGAUCGAGAAGCAGAUGCCAAGGAGGACAAAGAAGAAGAGAAAGCUGGACGACGACACUUGGGAGGAGUACGUCGACUACAUCUUCCCGGCCGACGAACAGGUCGGCAAGAACUUGAUGAACAUGAUGGCCAAGGCGCGCGCGCGCAAGCAGGCCGAGGCCGAGGCCGCUGCAAAGGCGGCUGCGGCCGACGAUGGUGGGGAAUCUGGGGAAUGAGCGUGUACUAUAAUGUGUUCUGUUUUUGUGCAGAUUGCUAUGGCGAUCUCUGCGAGAUCUUUACUACCAGAAUUAAGAUUCCAAGCAUCUAUGUUCCAAAAAGCGCGUUUCUUGUGCACUUUGUCUGUUUUAUCAUCACGCUAGUCACUACAGCCACCCCAUUCGUCGUCGUCCCUAUCGUUUUCCUCAUCCACCG